AUGAAACUGUCCUUGCUUGCACUUACUGCCGCGCAAUUCAGUAAUUGCGUCAAUGCCUCUCCUUCUUGCCAUGAUAAGCGGUCCUUAGAGGAGGUUGGAGAAGGGUACUGGGAAGAGGACGCACCGCGCUCCCUAUACGCCCGAGCCAACCCCAAGGGAAAGAAAUUCAAGCUCAAGCAGAUCCAGAACAACGAAUACCAUGGCCUAGGCGUCCCAAUGGAGAUGGCCCACGCAUUCGGCAAGUAUCACAGGACUCCGCCGGCAGCCGUGCAACAAGCCGUCGAGGCCAUGAUGGUACCAACCCCAAAGAUCAAGGCCGUAAACACUUCUGGUAAAUUCGGCACCGCCCAGUCACUUCCGACAAAAUACUACGACUCUCAAUACGUGAUACCGCUGGACUUUACCGGCGAAACCCCCAAGGCGAUGGCGGUGGGCCAUAUCCUGUACCGCCCUCGCAAGUCCACGACGAGCAAGUUGGUCAAAGGCGCCUCCUGGGGCCUGACGUACGGAGAUGGCUCAGGGGCCAGUGGCACCGUCCACACUGACAAGGUUGCGAUCGGUGACACGUUUGUCAACUCCCAGGCAGUCCAGUCUGCAACCAAAGUCUCGUCGUCGAUUGCCGAUGAUACCUUUUCUUCUGGCAUCAUGGGCAUGGCCUUUAGCUCUCUCAACAGCGUCCGCCCAACCCAGCAAAAGACGUACUUUGAAAACGUCCAGAGCAGCCUCGCCCAGCCGAUAUUUACUGCUAAUCUUCAAAAGGGGCUCCCGGGGACCUACAAUUUCGGCUACAUCGACAAGACGGAAUACACCGGCUCCAUUUAUUACAACCCGAUUAAUCCGAACAGCCCGUUCUGGCAGAUUACGCUCACCGGCUACCAAAUUGGCGCAAACCCAUACAAAAGGUUCAACUGGAUAUCCAUUGUCGACACGGGGACCACGCUCCUCCUGGCCCCGACGGAUAUUGUCAACGCCUACUACGCCAAAGUCAAAGGCGCAAAGAUGGAUCCGUACAUGGGAGUCAUGGUAUUCCCUUGCACGGCACAGCUUCCCGAUUUCUACUUCGGCCUCGGUCCGUACCGAGGCAAGAUUCCGGGUGCCUACAUGAGCUAUGGACCGGUAGGCGGCGGCUCGUGUUAUGGUGGACUCCAGACAUCAAAGGGCAUAGGGUUUGCGAUCCUCGGCAACAUUCUGCUGAAGGCUCAAUUUGUGGUGUUUAACAUAAAAGCCAAGACGGUUGGCUUUGCAAACAAGAAGCCAGUGCCUCUAGUUCCUUCAUGA